UUAUCGACAACACUAUUCUAAUAUAAUUAUAAUAACCAGCUUAGCCACACCAUCAUUCAAUUAUACUGUAUACGUGAUCGUUUUAUCUAUUCCAGCAAGAAUCAUUUCAAAACAAAUUAAAAGCGUUAAGAAAAUUAACGUAAUACUGUGUGCUCGCGUCUAAUUUAGCCAGAUGAAUCCGUGUCACAAAAACGUUUGAAGAGUAUGGACGAAGGGAUGACUAAAAACUGAUACAACGUACAGUACAUGUCAGACAGGCCUCUAUAGACAUGACUCAGCUGAUAAGGAGACCCACUUGUUUGAAAAGGAUUUGGAAACAGAGUGAAGAUGUGUUAUUUAAAGCUCGCGAUCUGGCUGGUCUGCAGGUGAGGGGACAAUCACAGCUAAAUGUAUGCAUGUCAAAAGGCCAUCAACCUAAACACCUAGAGGAUGCUACAUCAGAAACUGGGACAGUGUCAAACAGUUCUACACCAGAUAAUGUCUUCCUUCUGUCCUCUGUUGGAAUUGAUGAUUUAACAAAUUUGUGCAAAUUGGUGAAACAUUUUUUAUCCCAAAAGUGUGUAUCUUUUUAUGUAUCAGAGCCAAUAUUUAAAAAAUGUGACUGUUCUUCAAGUAGUACAAAGUCUGUGGAAAGGAUUCAUAAUAAACAAAAUGUCAACUUUCUCGAUUAUACAGCGGCUGGAGAUUUUCAGUGUUUCAUAAGGUCAGAGACAUUAUCAGAAAUUUCUGGCUGGAUGGAUCCUUUAUCACUUCAUACAAUGUCUGGCCAUUCAUGUCAGAGUGCACUUUUGCAUAGACAGCUUCUGAAAAAACACAAUCAAUUUUCUUCCUGCAAUAUCUCUUCACAUUGUGUUGGAUAUCAUCCUAAAGUGAAUUAUUCCAUGUGGUCACAUCAGGUAAAACAUUACAGUAUCAGCCAACACAGUAACAGAUAUUUCUUGUAUUCUGACAACAAGGAUAACAGGCUACUGUCUGUACAUCAUCUUAUCACCACACCUACUGUUAACUUGUUCUCAUCACUAGCCAUACACAGACAUUCUUGUCAGAUGAGACAACCACAAAUCUUGGCAUCCAGUCCAUUGAUAGUUAGUGGUUUGAAACACCGAUGGAUCUCCAAGAAGACUUAUGAAUUUCCAGAACUACCAGAGGAUGAUUUAGUGGAGAGUUUUAUGCGAGGAGGUGGUGCAGGGGGUCAGGCCGUGGCAAAGACCAAUAACUGUGUGUUACUACUGCACAAACCAACAGGCAUCCAGGUCAAGAUGCAUGUAUCAAGGUCUCUUGAAGUAAACAGGAAGAAAGCACGAGAGAAAAUGAUAGAAAAACUGGAUUUUCAUUUCAAUAAAGAAAACAGCUUUAACGAACAGAAGAAGGCAGAAAAAAGUAGAGCUAAACAGAAAAUGAAGAAAAAGGCAGAGCUUGUUCGGGAAAAAAUGAAAGCCUUUAAGAAAGGUCUUGAGAAAAUGGACAAUGAGGAUUGCACAGAACCCAACAACUUCAAGAACACCUGGUUUGAUAUGGGGAUAAGAUGGCCCUUGACACUGGUGGACAGAGGGAUCAAAGACUUGCAUACUGGUAGUUGUACUUGUGAGGUAAAUGAAUGUGGAGACAAACCAAUAACAACAAUGCAGAACAGCGAGGGAUUCAAGGUCACAAAGGAUAUGUACAAUGGCCUUACCAUAGACACGGAUAAACAGGAAUGGACAGAUUCAGUACCUGAAGAUACACAUCAACAUCUUAAAGAUGCCAUUGAAAAUUGGAAAAAAUCUGGCAUCAGAGCUCUGUGGGUGAAGGUACACAAGAAGCAGUCCUCGUUUGUCUCUGUGUGUAUACAGCUGGGGUUUGACUUCCAUCAUGCCAAACCAGGUUAUGUCAUGUUGAAUCAAUGGUUGGCUGAAUCUGAAGAGAACAGGCUGCCUGGAUUUGCUAACCAGUAUUUAGGUGUAGCAGGCUUUGUCAUCAAUGACAACAACCAGGUACUCGUGAUACAGGAGAGGUUCAACAUCAGUCAGAAACACUGGAAACUACCUGGGGGACUAGCUGAUGAAGGUGAGGACCUGGCAGUUACAUCUCAACGAGAGGUUUUUGAGGAGACGGGAGUGAAGGCGGAGUUUGUAUCUGUGUUAACAUUCCGACACCAACAUAACUUUCGUUAUGGCUGUUCUGACUGGUACUACAUCUGCCUGAUGAAGGCAGUAGGUGGAUCCAUCAAGCCCUGUCCACAGGAAAUAGCAGAAUGCAAGUGGAUGGAUAUAGAUGCGUAUGCCAAUCAUCCCUCACUGACGGACACCAAUAAGUUUGUCGUACAGUGUUAUAGGGAACAUGUUGCCCGCGGCAGCUCUGUGGCAAUAGUAGCCACACCGGUCCUGUCCUACAACAAGAAAGCCUACCACAAUAUCUACAGUAUACAGCCUUCCCGUGAUAAAGGAACCACUCAGGAUAAUGUACAUUCCUUACCUGAUCCAGGGACUGAUGGAAGUAACGUUGAUACACAAGGUUCAUCUGAUACAGGACCAGACAUGUCAGACCUCAAAACUGACAAUCCAAAUUAACAUAGAAGCCAAUAGUGAUUUAUAAAUUGUGAUUUUAUUAGUAAUUUAUAAGGCUUACUGAUCAUCAUGAACAGUAACCUCAACAACACUAACAAUCCAAAUUAACAUAGAAGCAAAUAGUGAUUCAUAAAUUGUGAUUUUAUUAGUAAUUUAUAAGGCUUACUGAUCAUCAUGAACAGUAACCUCAACAACACUAACAAUCCAAAUUAACAUAGAAGCCAAUAGUGAUUCAUAAAUUGUGAUUUUAUUAGUAAUUUAUAAGGCUUACUGAUCAUCAUGAACAGUAACCUCAACAACACUAACAAUCCAAAUUAACAUAGAAGCCAAUAGUGAUUUAUAAAUUGUGAUUUUAUUAGUAAUUUAUAAGGCUUACUGAUUAUCAUGAACAGUAACCUCAACAACACUAACAAUCCAAAUUAACAUAGAAGCCAAUAGUGAUUCAUAAAUUGUGAUUUUAUUAGUAAUUUAUAAGGCUUACUGAUCAUCAUGAACAGUAACCUCAACAACACUAACAAUCCAAAUUAACAUAGAAGCAAAUAGUGAUUCAUAAAUUGUGAUUUUAUUAGUAAUUUAUAAGGCUUACUGAUCAUCAUGAACAGUAACCUCAACAACACUAACAAUCCAAAUUAACAUAGAAGCCAAUAGUGAUUUAUAAAUUGUGAUUUUAUUAGUAAUUUAUAAGGCUUACUGAUCAUCAUGAACAGUAACCUCAACAACACUAACAAUCCAAAUUAACAUAGAAGCAAAUAGUGAUUUAUAAAUUGUGAUUUUAUUAGUAAUUUAUAAGGCUUACUGAUCAUCAUGAACAGUAAUAUGCUACUUAAAGAAAGACAAUCAUGAAAAUUACUGUAU